AUGUUGCACAUGCAUUACGGGUGUAGGGGCAGCCGGGAGCAUGCCCGUAAGAUUCAUCACGAAGAGGAGGAGGAUAACAAUGUAGGAUCGCAUAUUGCAAGGUCAGGUCCAGUUCCAGCUUUCAUCGAGGAAGCAUGGCCGCUCAUGCAAGAUGCCGAGUGGUGUUGGGGAGCCUCCGAGAGUGUUCACUGGGAAGUGUCAGUGUGGGACCGUGCUUCAGAUUGCUUAGGAAGGUCGGCUGGACUACGCAAGGACAUUCGUGAUGAGCUCAAUGGUGUACCGGGACCUCUGGAGGUUGCGCUGGUGAAGAGGAUGGCUGUACAAGCGAUAGCUGUGGAGGAAUAG